AUGGUCCGCGCAAAGUGCGUUGGAGAUUUUGCGAGGCCAGUGGCCGCUACGUCAAUGGCGAAAAGCCAAGGAAACAGCCACAGCGUUAAAUCUCCAUCAUCCAUUCCCCCCCCCCUCCCCCCUCCCCGCUUUUUGGAAGCAAAUUUCUCUCCUAAGUCCAACGCAGUGGCUCCGGCCUUGUACAUCACGGGAUUGGGAUCGCAAUAUCCUCCCUAUCUGCUGGGCCCCGAGGACCUUGAGAAAUUGAUAGCGCGCUUUCACGAUGAUCAAACAGCUCCUCCAACUCAACCGCUCAACGGGCAUCGAGACCAGAUCAGCGAUUUGACCGUACGAGGUUAUCAAGCUACACUUGAUCGAGCUAUUCCUCAAUACACCAAACAUGCGAUCGGACCAAUGUUUGAGAGACUGCUUCCCUCGUAUGAGGAACAAAUAAAGUCCGAACCAAGAGCAGGAGGAACAAUGCUGCGAUCGUUUGAGAUCUGCGAUUUUGACUGGGCCUUGCAUCCUGGAGGAAGGCCAAUCCUAGAUGGCGUAGCUCAAAUCUUGCAAUUAUCCAAAGAUCAACUCCAGGUAAGUCGGGAGAUAUAUCGCACACGGGGAAACUCCUCUAGCGCUUCAAUCUUGGUUGUCUUGGAUCAACUUCGUUUGCAGAGUAACAAAGAGCAUGUUAUUGCUACCUCGUUUGGUCCUGGCCUGGCACUUGAACUGGCACUUCUAAGAAGGUGCUCGGUAGAUGAGUGA